AUAAAUAUUCACUCACCCCCUCGGGAUCCCGAAGAAUCGCACACUCCGCGCUGCUCCUCACCUCGCCUGGCUAGUCUUCCGUUUCAACUUUCAAGGAUCCGAAGCGCUCCUCUUCCUUUUCUCGGCCCUGGUUCGCUCGCUGCGCUGGGUGCGUGAUCGCCGGAGCGAGAAGCUGCCGUGGGUGGCUGGAGGAUAUGUAGGGGCGACAUGGCGGUUCAUCUGGUGCUGGCUUGAGAUUCUUGGGUGCGAGGUUUGAUUUGGGUUUUGGUGGUAGGCGGGAGUUGCUGGUACAGUAGGAAAAGUGGAGGAAACGAUGAGCUUUAGUGCCGUGGACAUGGAGGAGGAGAGCGGCACUGCGGCGGCCGCGGCGGCGGCGGAGGAGAUCCGGCGGCUGCCGGCGGAGGUGAACUGGGAGAUGCUGGACAAGUCGCGGUUCUUCGUCCUCGGCGCGGCGCUCUUCUCGGGCGUGUCCGCGGCGCUGUACCCGGCCGUGGUGGUCAAGACGCACCUGCAGGUGGCGCCGCCGCCCGCGGCGGCCACCGCGACCGCCGCCGCCAUCCUCCGGCGGGACGGCCCGAGAGGGUUCUACCGCGGGUUCGGCGCGUCGCUGGCCGGCACGGUGCCCGCGCGCGCGCUCUACAUGGCGGCGCUCGAGGCCACCAAGAGCUCGGUCGGCUCCGCGGCCGUCCGGCUCGGCGUCUCCGAGCCCGCCGCGUCGGCGGCAGCCUCCGCGGCCGCGGGCGUCUCCGCCGCCGUCGCCGCGCAGGUCGUGUGGACCCCCGUGGACGUCAUCAGCCAGCGGCUGAUGGUCCAGACCUCCGCCACCUGCCGCUACCGCGGCGGCGCGGACGCGUUCCGGAAGAUCCUCGUCGCCGACGGCGUCCGCGGCCUGUACCGUGGGUUCGGCCUCUCCAUCCUGACCUACGCGCCGUCCAACGCCGUGUGGUGGUCGUCCUACGCCAUGGCGCAGCGGUUCCUCUGGCGCGUCGUCGGCGCCGAGCGCUCCGAGAGCUACCCGUCCCUGAUGGCCGUGCAGGGCGCGAGCGCCGCGCUGGCCGGGGGCGCGUCCGCGCUGGUGACCAUGCCGCUGGACACCGUGAAGACGCGGCUCCAGGUGAUGGGGGCGGACGCGGCGCGCCCGACGCUGGCGAGCACCAUGCGCGGGCUGCUCAAGGAGGGCGGGUGGGCGGCGUGCUACCGCGGGCUCGGGCCGAGGUGGGGGUCCAUGUCGCUGUCGGCGGCGACCAUGGUGACCACCUACGAGUUCCUGAAGCGGCUGUCGGCGAAGGAGGGCUCCAUGGGCUAGAUCUUCCUCCGUCCCUAACCGUAGCAGUGAUGAUCGUCAAGUGAUGACGCGACCUUGUACAUAUUCUCAAGCUAUUUGCCGUUCCCGUUUCUUGAUCUGGCGCUAUAGGAGGGGGUGGGCAGGAGGAAGAACUAGAACUAGAACUAGAAAAGGGGGGUUUUAGGAUGCAGAAUUUUUGCUUGCUUUUGCUCUGGCGCUGCAGUUUCAUGCCUCUAGCUGCUGCCUCUGAUGAUGAUGAUGAAAGCUUUUAUGGAGAGAAGAAUUUCCGGUCAAAACUUGAAAACUGCUGUUGGUUGCUUGAUUUC